AUGGUAAAGUUAAGUUAUGUUUUCCAGGCAGUGAACCUUCGCAGCAAUCUGCAGACCGUCACUGUAUUGGAUAGUCUUCGGCAUUCGCGUCCACAUGGUGAGCGGUUGUAUGCACCCUGUGGCUACGAACAGAAGCGGUUGCUGGAUAUCAAGAAGUUGGUAGAGAGCAGGGAGCCGAAACUGUUCGACUCUCGCAUCCCUGUGGGAAAUGAUCCGACCAAUGUCCAAAGGGACCAUAGCAUUGGAUGGUUAUGCGUUCUUUCUUUGUGGCUUCUUCUGGCUCCUUAUCAUAUACACAGCAGGGAGCGGUGUAGAGAAGGUCCUUCGUCGAUCGUGAUGGCAGUUAACUUUGCUAGCAAGACAUUCCGAGAAAAUGCUACAUUCGACGAAGCAGAACGACGAUGCGUUUUACAAGGCGGACAUUUGGCAUCGAUCCACAGUGAAGCAGAAAACGACUUAAUUUUUGGAAUAGCAACGAAUGAACGCAAGAAGAAUGACUGGCGUGAUUUCACAUGGAUUGGCCUACAACAAAAGGACUUUCCAAUGAGCAGAGAGUGGACGUGGACUGAUGGAAGUUUAGUGAAUUACAUGAAAUGGUCCACCCACCAACCGGAUGAUCGCAAUGGUCGCCAACGAUGUGCCCAGGUCUGCUACAACUAUGCUUUGCACACGACGAAGCUGCUGGGAGCUAUUUUCCCUGCAAGAGGUCAAAUAUUGAUGGCACAUCACAGUUGUACCAUUCCAGAUGAUUACCGACGUAUCGGACCUAGUCGACGCCAAGGAAACCCACUGGAACGAUAUUUCGUGUGA